UACCCGGAACAUUAUAGAUGUGCGACAAAGGCAGUGGAAACAUGGCGGCGGCCUUAGUACAAAUGUCAUGUUUGUAUCGUGGGAUGUUAGCCGUCAGGGCGACGGGAAUCAGACCGUUCAUUCCAGGGCUGGUGCCCUCGCAGUUUAGAGCCUUUUCAGUGAAGAGAGAACCAGACCUGGAGGAUAACCCGUAUUACAAUAAAUAUCAGGAAAAGAUCAACAAACUGCGCCGUGCCAAACCCCAGGAGUUCAAAACUCGGCUACAAAAAAGAGAUGAAGUCAGGAAAGAGCCACUUGGACACUCCAAACAAGCAGAGUUCAUAAAACUCAUGGAGGACGAGCUGGAAAAACGUGACAAGCAACCAGCUGGCUCUGGAUUCACCAAAGACAAGAGCCUUGGUUCCAUCAUAAAUCUAGAGCUGAUCAAGGAUAACUCAGGCGAUGAGAUUGGUGAGAUCUGGAUGCGAUAUCAUGCCACAAAGGACACGAUUAGUGCUGUCAUACCAGAUGAGAUUUUUGAGUUGAUGUUCAACAGAGCCAAGACAUGCCCGACGUUCCUGUAUGCGUUGCCCCAGAAGGAGGGUUAUGAGUUUUUCCUGGGACAGUGGUCUGGAUAUCAGUUCCAUUUCACAUCAUUGAUCAAUGUCCAGACCAUGGGUGAGAACGCUCCCAGUCAACUGAUUCUCUACCACUACCCAGAUCUGCAGAAAGACAAGGGCAUAGUGCUCAUGACGGCAGAGAUGGACCCCAAGUUCAUCACCGUACACCAGGCCCAGUGUCUGGCCAAUCAACUCCAACUGUUCUACGCAACCAAGCGGCAGGAGACCUUCCAAUUGGUUGAGAGCUUCAACCACAAACCAGCCGAUUUCAGGCACAUGUCUGUGAUAGCUGAGCUGGAGCUGAGUGGCAUCGGUCCUACGGUCGUCGUGGGUAACUCCUAGGUCAAGAUGGGAAUCAGGACUGUAAAAUUGCACCAAUAUGCCGUGGCGUAAGAAAUCACUAAGGAAUGCUUGCACAGUGGGUUUUUUCUUCUGAAACUGUAGCCCGUGUGAUCCCCUUGUCGAGGACUGGUGGGCCAUCGCAGACUUAAAUAUACUUUAUCAUCCUUUUAAGUUAUACGGUCAAAAUUAUGAAUGGAAAUUAAUCCCCAAACUGUUUUUGUCUAAAUGUGCUCUUUAUUCCCUGUCCAUCAUAUUGUAGUACUUUUGACACUGGUCUCAAUGGAAACUUGGUGCUAUCAGAACAGAUUUGGUUCAGUAUGGCUUUAUCCCAUUCAUAUUCUGUGUAAUAUACUGUACAUCCCUGAUAAUACCUGAUUUAAAUUGACUGUCCAAGCUCAGUUUGGUUUGUCAAGGAGAGUAUGUACAUCUCUCUUAGUGGAUAGAAAUGGUCGAAUGUGAAAUACAGAGUUGGUGGGAGGUCA